AGGUAGUGGAGCUAGUCUUCUUGGGCACUUAAAGUUAGUCGCAGGUUUUUUGAAGUGGCGCCAAACGCGCGCACGGAGAGAUCAGAUCUGACACAACCUAAGUACACGUGUACGGUCGGAAUAAGGCCUCCCACCAAUUGUGAUCGUGCAGGCCACCAUCUUAUAUCAUCCCUUCCAUCAAAAUCCGCAAAAAUCGUUUUUUUUUUAAAAAAAAAUCUUUCCUGGUCUCAUAGAUCUCGCUGCAAUCACCGUCCGUACAAUCUCCGGUAUUAGCUCCGGUGAAUCACUGAAGUAAAGUUUUCCGCUUAUGCGAUCACUGAUCGUUGCUGCGUUCGCAAAUAAAUCUAUCGCCUCAUUGCAGAUAAUUUCUUUAGGGAGUGACGGUUUUAGAAUUCUCCACGAAGUUUAACUGUAUCUGCUUCAGCCAGGAGUUGAAAAACUUUUCUGUUUAUUAUCAAGUUUGUGUAUUUAAUCCUUUGUUUAAAGCCACGUGAUGAAUUUUUGAAGUGUUGUGAAUAUAGUUAACUGUUGGACUAGGACAGCAAAGUGGAAUCAAGAAUUGAAUCCAGCAUAAAUUUUGAAGUAAAGCAAGAAAAAUGUCUUUCCAGAAUCAGGGCUUUUGGAUGACGAAGGGUGCUGGUUGUUUAAAUGAUGGUGAGAUGGCUUAUGAUAAUUCUUCUAGAAUUGAGCCCAAGCGUUCUCAUCAGUGGUUCAUGGAUGGCCCUGAGACAGACUUAUUUCCUAACAAGAAGCAAGCAGUUGGAGUUCCGACUACCAGCUUAUUUUCUGGAGUGUUGAAUUCACAUGUUUCUCAAUGGGGAAAUUCUUCCAGUUUUCAUUCAAUCUCUGGGCAUUUUGCCGAACGAUUAUUUGAUACUGAAACAUCUCGAGCUGUGCAUUUUGAUGAUCAGGGCAUUUCAUCAGGUAGCACAGAGAAAGUUGACAUGGGAAGAAAGGUUAAUGAAGAUCUAUUCACAAAUGAUUCAUCAUUUGGUUUAUCCAUGUCCCAUACAAUGGAAGAUCCCAGAUCUGGGUUAAAUUAUGGGGGACUCAGGAAGGUAAAAGUUAGUCAGGUGAAGGACUCUGAGAAUGUCAUGUCUGUGUCAAUGGGGCAUGCAUAUGAUAGGGUGGAUAAUAAUUCCGUGUCAACAGAUCAUGGUUAUAGCAAGGUGGAAGAUCGUAAUAUAUCAAUGGGUCUUGCUUAUAACAAAGGGGAUGAGAACCUCAUGUCUAUUGGUGACACCUAUGAAAGGGAGAAUAACAUUUUCAUAUCAAUGGGACAAUCAUAUAACAAGAGUGAGGAUAGCGUUACUGUUGGUCAAACGUAUAAAGAAAGUGCCAGUGCCAUUGCAAUGAGCAAUACCUUCGAUAAGGAUGAAAACAAUUUCAUGUCCAUGGGCCAAACAUUCAACAGGGCAGAUGAUAAUUCCAUAACUGUGGGUCACACCUUUGGUAAAGGAGAUGACAGUGCCAUAUCCAUUAGUCAUAGCUACAACAGAGGUGACAACAAUAAUUUGUCAAUUGGUCCGUCCUAUAGUAAGGGAGAGAGUACUAUUAUCUCUUUUGGUGGCUAUGAGGAUGAUGAGGAUACAAGUCAAACGGGAAGGCUCAUAUCGAGCUAUGAUUUAUUGAUGGGUCAGCCCUCUGUCCAGAGUUCUGAUGCACCAAAUGAGAAAGAGAUGGUUAAAUCCAAUGCUGAUGCACUUGUUCCCACUGGUAAUAUAACUGCCUCUGGAACGGAAGUUUCUAGGAAGAAAGAAGACCCAAAAACAGCAAAAAAGGUUUCUUCAAAUAAUUUCCCUUCUAAUGUCAGAAGUUUGCUAUCAACUGGUAUGCUUGAUGGAGUUCCUGUUAAAUAUAUUGCCUGGUCACGGGAGAAAGAGCUACGUGGUGUUAUAAAGGGUUCUGGGUAUCAAUGUGGCUGUCAGACAUGCAAUUUUUCUAAGGUGAUUAAUGCAUAUGAAUUUGAGCGACAUGCUGGUUGCAAAACAAAACACCCAAAUAAUCACAUCUACUUUGAGAAUGGGAAGACCAUUUAUGGGAUUGUUCAAGAGCUUAGAAGCACACCUCAGAGUAUGUUGUUUGAUGUUAUGCAGACUAUAACUGGUUCAUCUAUUAACCAGAAGUCCUUCCGGCUUUGGAAAGAGUCCUUUCUAGCUGCCACUCGUGAACUUCAGCGUAUAUAUGGGAAGGAUGAAGGGAAAAAAUUAUCAUAAGCAACCAUGUUCAUUUGUAAGGGAUCGUGUAAGAGAUCAAUGCCACACAAAAUAGGUACUUUAUCGUGUCUUUGGUUGUAUAAACAUGUAGUCCAUACCUUAAUUGAAGAGAAAAAGAUGAUAUUUAAAUGGUACUUUUUCUUGGAAAGGGAUUUUUUUAUUUUCUUUUUGGCGGUUCUUCCUCUAAACCUAGCUGUUCCCCAUUUGUGUAUCAUCUGCCUUAAGAUUUUACUAUUAAUUGGCCUUAUAGAAGUUACUAUCACUGAUGCAUUCAAACCUUAACCGUUUGGAUAGCAGCUAGCUAUUUAAUUGCUGAAGCUUUGAAAUACAUUCCACACUCUAAUGGA